UCUGUCCUGUCCAGCAAAAGUCCCUGAGGGAAAGAUGGCUGCUGGAUGGAGCUGCUGGCUCGGAGCAGGACGAGGCCAAGAAACAGCUGGCGGAGGACGAGGCCAAGCUCAAGGGGAUGGAAGAGAACAUAAUUAGGUAUGUCUACAACCCUGGAACACUGGUGUACCUACCAGUGGCGGUCGGUGAUGUUUUUUUUAUGAGCAGGGCCUUAUUUCUAUUACAGCAUAUUGGAUGACUGUCAUUCAUAUUCCUUUCACCAAGCUCAACGUAACAUCGAUAGGUUUAGGCUACUACAUGAUGCUCAAAUUUUCCCUGUACCCAUCAUGAUGUUGCUACAACCUAGCAGUUUACAACAUAGGUGCACAGGUCGAGAUAAUUUUUAGUAAUCAAGGUGACAGACAGUGACACAUUCAAUACCGCCUUGCACACUCUUGUCUGCAUUUAGCUGAUCUAGGCUGUAAAAAUUAGUCCAACAAUUAUAAAUGAGAGUUUCCAUUGGACAAAUUCAGGUAUGUUUAUCCCUGUUUCAUUCCGUAGUCAAAGUCAACAUAACUAAUAGAACUAACGCGUUAGUAAACCCGCUACAAACAUUCAGUACAGUGUACAGUCAGAAAGCAGUUUAGCAGUUACACCGGCGGGCCUCAGUGGCAAUAAAUUAAUAAAACCUUGACUUGGAAGGGAAUCCAGUGUUGGAUAGCCAUAGCCAGCUACCUAACAUAGCAUCCCUCUCUGUUUGAGCCAGGUGUUUAAGUAGGCUAAACUAGCUAGCUGCAUUCGCUAGCUAAGUGAAAGUGAAAGUUUAAAACAAAUACAACCAAAUAUAGCUAGCUCUCUCUGUUCAACUAUUGUCUUUCUCGCUCUUUGAGUCAACUACUCACAACAUUUUAUGCACUGCAGUGCUAGCUAGCUGUACCUUAUGCUUUCAGUACUAGAUUCAAUCUCUAAUCCUUUGAUUGGGUGGACAACAGUGGUGGUCAGUGCCGUUUAAGAUGAGGGAGGACAAUUUUUUUUUCAUGAGCAUGGCCUUAUUUCUAUUACAGCAUAUUGGAUGACUCAUUCAUAUUCAAUUCACCCAGUUCAAUGUAACAGCGAUAGGUUUAGGCAACUACAUGAUACUCAAAUUGUCCCUAUACCCAUUAUGAGGUUGCUACAACCUAUGAAUUAAAGUUUACAACGUAGGUGCACACAGGUCGACAUGCAAUAUCGCCCUGCACACUCUUGCCUGCGUCUAGCUGAUAUAGGGUGUAAUCAUUAGUCCAACAGUUGCAAACAAGAGUUUCUAUUGGACAAAUUCAGGUAUGUUUAUCCUCGUUUUGUUCCGUUUGCUUCUGUUUAAGAAACAUUUUUAAUAGCACCCACGUUGUAUUCCUUCUCGCAUCUACAGUAUGCGCUCUCUUCCUCUCACCUCUUCCCUUCGAUUGUGGACUUCAAUGCACAACACAUCAGCUGUAUGUGACCAGGCAAAAAAACCUUUCCAAGCCAUACCGCUACACACAGCCUACAUCAUUGUCACCAUAUUAGCUAAAGUAACAUCAUAGUCAGCAUAGCUAAUAGAACUAAUGCGUUAAUAAACCCGCUACAAUCAUACAGUAACGUUACAGUGUACAGUCAGUAAGCAGUUACACCGGCUGGCCCCAGUGGUAAUAAAUGAGUAAAACCAAAAGCUUACCUUGACUUGGUAAGAGUUCCAGUCUUGUGUUGGAAAGUCAUAGCCAGCUAGCUAACAUAGCAUCCCUCUGUUUGAGAAGGGUGUUUCAGUAGGCUAAACUAGCUAGCUGCAUUUGCUAGCUAAGUAAGUGAAAGUGAAAGUGAAAAAGAAUGAGGAAAUCUCUCUCUAUUUUUCUCUUGCUUCUCCUUCAUUUUGGAAGAAAUUAUUUUGUUCAAAACUGUUAAACUAUUGUCUUUCUCUCUCUUUGAGUCAACUACUCACCACAUUUUAUGCACUGCAGUGCUAGCUAGCUGUAGUUGAUGCUUUCAGUACUAGAUUAAUUCUCAGAUCCUUUGAUUGGGUUGACAAAAUAUCAGUUCAGGCUGCAAGAGCUCUGAUAGGUUGGAGGACGUCCUCUGUAAGUUGUCAUAAUUACUGUGCAUGUCUAUGGAAGGGGAUGAGAACCAUGAGCCUCCUAGAUUUUGUAUUGAAGUCAAUGUACCCAGAGGAGGACAGAAGCUAGCUACACCAUGGUGCUACCCUACAGAGUGCUGCUGAGGCUACUGUAGACCAUUGCAAAAUAGUGAGUUUUAAUCAAUUAAAUGGUGAAGUUAAUGAAUCUAUUUAGUAUAGGAUUAUCUAAAAAGGAUACUUUUUUAAAUGUUUCACUUUUUUUUUUAAAGAAGAAAUUUACUGAUUAGGAUUGUCCUCCCCUUCCUCCUCUGAGGAGCCUCCACUGGUACCUACUUCCUAUACAUGUUUCUAGAUUCAUUGUAUGUCUUUAUUUAACCAGUCUUUAACCAGGCAAAACGUGCUCUUAACUUAUAAAAACGGAUAAGAUCUUGAUAUCCUAUUCUCUCUAUAUAAUUUUGCCAUGCCCGCUCACUGGCAAUGUGGCCCAGCACAUUUGCUAUCGGUGAGAUCAUUUGUAAUACUUCUUAGGAAAUGUUUAAUAAGUUGAACUCUUAGCUCGAAAGGAGUACAGAUAUAGGAUCCUAAUUUGAUCACUAUCUUGUUGCUGAGAAUUUUCCUGCACAGCAGGAAAUGCAAACUUGUAGUGUAUUAAGUUUAAAAAGUAUUCUAAAGUUUGUAAUUUCCACUUUAAAAUGUCAGACUUGAUUUGCCCUACCGAAAAAUGUAUCUACCCCUACAAAAAAUGUCCAUUAGUUAUAAUCAACAUAAUAUUCACAUUUCCUGUUGCUGCAGGAUUAUUUUCCUGCUGUAGCAAACUGGCUCAAAUUAAGAGCCUACAUCUCUAUAGGCCUAUCAGAUAAUAAUAAGUGUCCUAUUUCACACAUGUACAAGUGUGUAUUAAUAUUGGAAAUGUGUUUUUAGUAUAUCCCCUCUCCCUGAGACACCCUCAGAGAGCGGGGUCACAGCAAGGGUCUGUCAUUCAACGGCAACCCUGGAGCAAUUAGGGUUAAGGGCCUUUCUCAAGGCCACGUCGACAGAUUUUUCACCUUGUCGGCUCGGGUACAGAAAGGAGACCCAGUAGCCAAGAACAGACCACCCCUCCCUCCUCGCUCCAACCAUUUUCUUUCUCACUCAUAGCAAAACAGUGGUAUCAAUCUUCUUCCCCUGGCAAUCCAAUUCGCUAAUAAAAUUUCCUGGCUGCUGCAGUGCUGGCUGGCUGUUGGGGCUCAGACUUGGGCAACAUUGGCACUAGACUGUCACACCACCCAAUGAGCAACGCAAGCGAACAAUUGCCGGAGCUAGGGAAAAGGCGGAAUUGGAGAAAGAUAAGGAGAAGCUUUUGUCCAUAUCCCAAAUAGGUGCUUAAUUCUGUUAGAUAGGCCAUAGUGAGGAAGGACAGUGAGGUUGUUUUGGUAUUUAACAAAAUGAGGACACUUAAAGAGAUAGUUCACAGUUAAAGGGGGGGAGGUUGCUGUUUUUCUUUGAUUUGGUAACUUUUCCUUCUGCACUCAGCUCAUUUAUUUUAGAUGAAAAAUACCAGUGUAUCAGUUGUCUGUAAUCACUUUUCCAGUGAGUGAGCACUGUGGUGGGUGUGUAUGGGCUAUUUUCUAUUGUGUGCGUAGUUGCCAAAAAUAACAAACAUUUUAAAUAGACAAGACAGAAAUCCAAAUCUGCUUUGGAAUACCAUGAUGUGCAUGACGUGCAUUCUCACACUGUUUGUGUGUGUCACUGACCAUGUCUGUGUGUGACUGAUCACAUCUCUCUCUGUUCUGCAGAAUGGAGCAGGAACUGGAGGAGCUGGAGACAGGCGUGUCGGCGACCUCCACCAAAGAGAGCCUGACAGACGCAGCCAUGAAGGAGGAAGCCAAGACAGCAGACAACAAAGUGAGUCUCCCUCCCCUCCUACCCCUCCGAGGGCAGCUGGACACAGCAGGUCCACCGGACACACACACACACACACACACACACACACACACACACACACACACACACACACACACACACACACACACACACACACACACACACACACACACACACACACACACACACACACACACACACACUGUUAGAUACAGGAGUGGGGAGUGUGUUUUUAUGCAUGUGUGUGUAUGUGUGUGCCUAUGUGUGUGUGUGUGUGUGUGUUGGGGGGGAACGUUUGAAGUAGGGGAGUAGGAGAUGGAGGAAUCAGAAGGGAGGGGGAGGUUUAGGAGCCUGACACAAGCCUUGGGGCACAUCUGAAAGCAAAAAAGCCCUGUGUACAGUAACUGCCCUUGUGAUAAACUGACAGUGACAUCUCCACUUGAGCAAAUGACAUCUCAAUAUUGUGCCAUCAGUAAUAUCAUUAGUGACAGUCCGGAUAGGCCUGGAGAGUCAGACACUGGGUGCAGUGUAUAGGGAACAGUUGUUGACGGGAGGGAGGCUCUUGCCCAAAGGGGAAGUCCAUAUUGACAGCACACACUGGGCAGCUUUUAACAUGGGGGUUUCAUGGCAACUGCUAGAAAAGAUGCUCUGUCUCUUCGUUUUUCCCUCUUGAACUCGUUGACCCUUUUUGCGCUUUCCUCCAGAAGUCAAUAUCCACUUCCUCUAUCCAUCCUGGCACCGCUUUAUUAAAAGGGAAAGUGCUUAUUUAAUGUGGCGUCUGUUUCUACCUCAAUCGUUUUUCUUGCUUCCUUGUCGGCCAUGUUUUUUGUGGCAUACCUCAGUGGGAAAUACUGUAUGUUCCUUCGCUCAAACUAGGUUUUCAAUUAAAUAUGUUAAAUACUGUAUGUGACAUAAUGUUCAUUCAUUAUGUAGCGUUGCUUUUGAAUAAGAGUGUCCCUUCAAGAAACAAAUCUAUUACCUCAUAGCUGUGGGUUGUCAGUAGAACUGCUUCACUCAAUCGGUGAUAGCUUUUUUAGAAAUUGAUGUUAUUCGACUGUGCGGCUGCAUUGACACAAUAAUCCCGAUGAUUCAUAUUGCAGAAAUAAACCCACCUUCUAUACGUGUGUGGUGGUAAUGUAUUCGAUGGGUUAGACACUGGAUUUUCUGAGUUUAAUGCGGUAUGAUACAUGGGUUAAAAUACUGUUUUCUCUCCCUCUCUCACAGGCUCUGGCAGGCACUGUGCAAGGUAAUACAUCUUCAGCCAGAUCUUCUUCCUCAUCUGUCUCCUCUUUCUCCUCUUUUACAUGUCUUCUGUGUUUGUCGCUCUUUCUCUCUCCCUCCCGCUCUCUUUCUCACCCCACUUCCUUGACCGCUUAUAGAGGUCAAGGAAGUUAUAGAGGUCAAGGAAGUAGUGAAAGUGCACAACACCCCUCAUCUGGAAAGGUCUGGAGGUGCCUCAGAUAGGAUGAGAGCAGGUGAGUCUCGGUACCCUGUAGCUCACAGACUGAGACACACUGUAGAGAGACAUCUUAUUUUUUCACUCUAUAUUCACUUUAGAUUCUAAUGUCAUGCUAACCAUAUUAAAGUGAUGUUAUUCCACUCAUUGUAAAACAAACAUAGAUAUUCAAUGUACCCACUCCUGUUUCAUUCAGGAAUAUUUUAAUUGAUUGAUAGGCAAUUGAUACAUUAUUGACUGAUUAUAAUGAAUCAUGUAAGUUGCAUCUGUACAAUCAGACAUGCAAUAGAGUCCAAGUUUGUCCAAAAUGGAAGAUGUCUCAAUAAGAUUCUAUUGGAGUCGUCUAUCUCUAUCUGUCUUUGCCCAAACCUGGCCACCUCCUCUGUGUUUGUCUCUUUCUCUCUCCUUCUCCCUCUCUCUUUCUCUAUCUCCCUCUCUCUUUCUCACCCCACUUCCUUGACUGCUUGUAGAGGUCAAGGAAGUGCUCAAAGUGCACAACAGCCCUCGUCUGGACAUGUCCGGAGGUGCCUCAGAUAUGAUGAGAGCAGGUGAGUCUCGGUACCCUGUAAGCUCACAGACUGAGACACACUGUAGAGAGACAUCUUAGACAAAUUCUGCUCUUUCCCUCUUUUUUUAUUUUCCACUCAUGAACUCUGUAUCUGCUUGCCUCUUUACAUAGACGGCUGAAUACUAUAUCUGAUGUUAGUUUAUUUUAUAUAAUUUACUUACUUGUAUCAUUUUUCAAAUAAAUAGCACUUGGUUAUUCAUUAAUCAGUCAUUAACAAAUAUUCAAUAGGUAUUUAUAGGUAUUACAGUAUAAGAAAUCUAAUAUUAACCCCUAACCAAAAAUCUUAAUUUUGUUGUAUCCUGUUUACCCAUUCUGGCAUCGGCUACUGGCAUUAGCUGUGAUGCGUGAUUUGAAGGAGUCAGGCGCAGGAGGGUAAAUCACAGUAUACAGAGUUUAUUCUGUAAUCCAGCGUAACCAGUCCAGUGCGCAAAACAGACGCACUUGAACAAACAUGCACACGGGGAAAAAUACCCCGGCAAUACAAAAUACAGCUACUAAUCCUCACAAAGAACAAUCACCCACAAGGACAAGGGGGCAGAGGGAACACUUAAACACGUACUAAUGAGGGGAAUAUGAACCAGGUGUGUGUAAUUGACAAGACAAGACAAAUGGAAUGAUGAGAUAUGGAGCGGCAGUGGCUAGUAAGCCGGUGACGACGAACGCCGAAGCCUGCCCGAACAAGGAGGGGAGGCAGCAUCGGAGGAAGUCGUGACAGUAGCAUCCUGGGUAACUGGAUUAGGCAUAUAAUAAAUGUAAAAUCUAUAACGUCAAUAUCUAACUCCUCAGUGGAACUCAUUAUGUAAACACAACCAGUUUGAAUGGCCCGGCAGUAGCCGAGCCAUCGAAUCUUAAUUUUAAUGGAGCUUUCAUUGAAUGACAGCUAAAGGAUACCUAUAUUGUUGUCAUAUCAAAUUUACAACACCUCAGUAUAGCUCAGCAUAUUGUAAACACAAGCAGUUAGAAAUGUCUGGGGACGACUUCAUCUCCUCAGCAAAGGGUCUUUUCAGUAGUAUCAAGGGGUCUCCACCUUCCUCCAUCUCACAUGUGGGCCUCUGUCCCCUUUAAUCAAACAUUUGCUUUCAUCAGCCUCACAGCUCUAGAAGGAUAGAGGGAUUCCACUGAAGGGCUAUUCUCCACAGUGAGUGAGAUAGCGAGAGGGGAGAAGGAGAGGGGGCGAGUGACUAAUUCGUUUUACCUCUUCAGCUCUGGUCCCCAUACAUCUUAUCUAGAGGACCCUUGCUGAGCAGAGAGGCUACUUAAUGUUUGGUUUCAUAAAGACCUGCUAUGAUCAAAUUCUCAUUGCCAACGCUUUCCUGGAUAAGAUAGUUUUGGUAACAUUUUGGUGUAAUAUGACCGUCAGAUAGGAGCUAAAUAACUAGAAACUAAGAAAGUAACACAGUAUGGUUACUAUACCCUGUGCAUAAACAAAUAAUAGAUAUACAAUAGAUAUCUAGUAGCUAGAUUAGUUGAUAGGGCACAAUACAAUAGAAAGGGACUUUUAUAUGGGGUAUAUAUCUACCAGUUCCAUGCUGUGUAAUAGGAUGUAGUGCAGUGCCUGUUUUACUGAUGUGAGUGUACAUUGGCGCACUAUGUGAAUGUGAAUGCGUGGGUGGGAAGGUAAAACAAUGUUCCCUGCACAGAGUCAUGUGGGAGGAAAUAUUUUAAUGACGGACCACUCGGGUAUUUCACCAUUGCUAAGUGCUGUACUUUCAUGACACCUUUAGGAGAACACAAAAGCAAUAUAAAUGCCAUUGAACAUGUCGCAUUCUCUGAAGUGCUUUGGUAUAUUUCAUGUACUCUAUUUGUUGUCACUAACAUUGUGUUGUGUUUCUGUACUGUAUUUUUCCCCUAAUAUUUGUCUUCUGUCCUAAUCUUCACAAUUAUCAACUGUCUGUCUGUGUGUUUGCUUAUCUGUAUGGGUAUGUGUGUGUAUGAGUUUGUGUGAGUCUGUCUGUCUGUCUGCGUAUUGGUCUGUUCUUGUGGACGUUCACUCUUGUGGAUAUUCACUGUGGUUUGUGGCUAAAGGUAUUAAAACAAGUAGAAUGGUAUGUUUGUAUAGAGUUAGCCAGGAUGGUAUACUGAGUAUCCAGUUCUCACAGUAUAUCUGUUGUGUGGGGAUACCCUAUAUGUAGUCUUUAUCAGACGAUGCGAUGUUGCCAAGGCAACACAGCUCCGCUAAAAAGUAUAAUUUCUCUAUCCGUCAACAUGGCAGCGUUAGACUCACAUAGUGGAGGCCUACUGAUGACAAAUGUUCGAGUUUACCUUAGUUAUAGUGUAUGUAGCCAAAUAUUGUAGCCAAGUUAUUGACCAUUCUCCAAAGACAUGCUUCGUUAACAACCAUACAGUCAUUUGACUUGCCCAGAUAAGCAGUCAAAUGAAUGUCAUGAAUCAUAGUUGACUGUCUUCUUCAUAAGAUAGAGUUUGCGUAUAGUCAUGUGUGAUAGUUACAUGGGCUGUAGCUAAGUGGUAUAUUUGUUGGUGGAAUAUGGUUGUUUAGAGUGGUUGUCUGGUUUUGGCUGGUGUUAUUAUACGUGUGUAUUGUGGAGAGACUACAUGGUUAUUUAUAAUUAUGAACUAUGGUUGAGUGGAACUGGUAUGUCUCUAGUCUUGUUGAGUGAGAGAUAAUAUGGCGUGUGAAAGGGCCGAGUGGUGCGACAGAGAGAAAGAGAAAAAGUGAGAAAGUGAGAGAAUUCCUGUGUUCCAUGGAUGUGUGGUAUGACAGAGAGAGAGAGAGAGAGAGAGAGAGAGAGAGAGAGAGAGAUAUGACACCUCUGCAGGCCCCUAACGUCUCCUCUUGUUGACACCCCAUGCACCCAGCAAUGUACUCAGUAGAGAUCACCGUUGAGAGGGACAAUGUCACGGGCGAGACUAAGGUGUUGUCCACCAACACCCUACUGCCCAUUAACCUCUCUAGGCAAGGGGUCAAGGUGUAUGAGGAUUACCAGAAAGGUGAUUUCCCAACAUGGUUUCAACAGCAAAACAAAACACUUGGCUAAAACAUGCUUUAUGAGAAGUGUUAACAGUUAUGAUAAGAGCUAAGAUCUGUGUUAUGGUUUUAUUAACAAGAAUACAUUUACAGUGCCUUCAGAAAGUAUUCACACCCAUUUACCUUUUCCACAUUUUGCUGUGUUACAGCCUGAAUUUAAAAUGGAUUACAAUGAGAUUUUUUGUCACUGGCCUAAAAACAAUACCCCAUAAUGUCAUGUUUUUCGAAAUUUGUACAAAUUAAUAGAAAAUGAAAAGCUGAAAUGUCAAUAAGUAUUCAACCCCUUUGUUAUGGCAAGCCUAAAUAGUUUCAGGAGUAAAAAUAUGCUUAACAAGUCACAUAAUAAGUUGCAUAGACUCUGUGUGCAAUAAUAGUGUUUAACAUGAUUUCUGAAUGACUACCUCAUCUCUGGACCCCACACAUGCAAUUAUCUGUAAGGUCCCUCAGUCGAGCAGUGAAUUUCGAGCAUGUUGAAGUUAUUAAUUACACUUUGGAUGGUGUAUCAAUACACCCAGUCACUACAAGAUACAGGCAUCCUUCCUAACUCAGUUGCCAGAGAGGAAGGAAACCUCUCAGGGAUUUCACCAUGAGGCCAAUGGUGACUUUAAAACAGUUACAGAGUUUAAUGGCUGUUAUAGGAGAAAUCUGAGGAUGGAUCAACAACAUUGUAGUUACUCCACAAUACUAACCUAACUGACAGAGUGAAAAGAAGGAAGUCUGUACAGAAUAAAAAAUAUUCCAAAACAUGCAACAAGGCACUAAAAAAGUAAUACUGCAAAAAAUGUGGCAAAGCAAUUAACUCUUUGUCCUGAAUACAAAGUGUUGUGUUUGGAGCAAAUCCAAUACAACACAUUACUGAGUACCACUCUCCAUAUUUUCAAGCAUAGUGGUGGCUGCAUCAUGUUAUAGGUCCCGUGUAGCUCAGUUGGAAGAGCAUGGCGCUUGCAACGCCAGGGUUGUGGGUUCGAUUCCCACGGGGGGCCAGUAUGAAAAUGUAUGCACUCACUAACUGUAAGUCGCUCUGGAUAAGAUCGUCUGCUAAAUGACUAAAAUGUAAAUAGGUAUGCUUAUAAUCGUUAAGGACUGGGGAGUUUUUCACCUUUCAGCAGGACAAUAACCUAAAACACAAGGCCAAAUGUACACUGGAGUUGCUUACCAAGAAGACAGUGAAUGUUCCUGAGUGGCCGAGUUACAGUUUUGUCUUAAAUCUACUUGGAAAUCUAUGGCAAGACUUGAAAAUGGUUGUCUAGCAAUGAUCAACAACCAAUUUGACAGAGCUUGAAGAAUUUUGAAAAGAAUAAUGAGUAAAUGUAUGAAAAUGUAUGUACUCACUAACUUUAAGUCGCUCUGGAUACGAGCGUCUGCUAAAUACCUAAAAUGUAAAUGUAAAUGUAAAUGUUGCACAAUCCAGGUUUAGAAAGCUCUUAGUGACUUACCCAGAAAGAGUAUUGACUCAGGGGUGUGAAUACCUAUGUAAAUGAGAUAUUUCUGUAUUUCAUUUUUUAUACAUUUGCAAACAUUUCUAAAAACACUUUGUCAUUAUUGGGUAUUGUGUGUAAAUGGAUGAGAGAGAAAAAUGAAUGUAAUCCAUUUUGAAUUCAGGCUGUAACACAACAAAGUGUGGAAUAAGUCAAGGGGUACGAAUAAGCCCCUAUGAAUGUUUGUCUAUAGUAGAGCUGGGAUGAUAAAUAUAAAAUUAUUGAUAUCGAUCAAACCAAUAAUUUAACAGACAUUUUACUGAUAUCGAUGCACACUAUAUACUUAUUGUUCAAUUUAUAGUUAUUGUGAAAUUUCAGUCGAUUUAUCGGGAUAUGGAUUUAUGUCCAUAUCACCUAGCUCUAGUCUAUAGGCUCUGACAUGAGGUUGGAAUGAAAUAUUUCCAGUGAUUACAGUCCCCUGUAGUUCAGUUGGUAGAGCAUGGCGCUUGCAACGCCAGGGUUGUGGGUUCGUUUCCCACGGGGGGCCAGUAUGAAAAUGUAUGCACUCACUAACUGUAAGUCGCUCUGGAUAAGAGCGUCUGCUAAAUGACUAAAAUGUAAAUGUAAAAUGUACGAAUACUUUCGGAAGGCAUUGUAUAAUAGUAAUAUUAAAAAAAUGAAUAUAUGAUCUGAGAUAAGUCUACCUAAAAUUAUAGUUAUUACAGACAUUGCUUGUCUGAUCACAGCCAUUGAAAGACAUACAUCUUGUAGUUCAAUAAACUUGAUAAUGCAUUUUCACUGGCCUAUACAGAUACUCUGUCUCAUAUAAUGAUUGGCUUGAAUCCACUUAUUGACUCUAGAUAUUAUGACCUUGAUAUUACCACUUCUCGUAAAGUAAAAGGAAUAGUUAAGCAUAGCAUGACACAGUGUUGCAGGGUGACCAAUAAAUCCAAACCAAUAAUUCUACUUCAAUAGUUAUAUUUAUGAAUGUGAACUUGGGCUAUUAUGUAUUGGCACAAAACACAGUCAGUACAUUCAGAACUCAUUUGAAAUGGUCCCUUUGGUCUCCCUGUAGCACCUGUUUUAGUUCACCUGCUGGUAUUGGGCAUGGACCCUUCCAUAUACCCCACCCCGCUACAACCAAUAUAUCCUAUAUAGCUCUACUCUCUCACCUCUUUUUAUUGAUUUUGCUCCCUGACACAGACAACAAGCACUGGGCUCGUGAUGCAGCAGCUGUGGCAUUCGCUUUUUUCCCCCCUGCUCUCUUUCAGCUGCUCUCCUCUCCUUGCACUCCUUGUCUGCUUUUCUCGCUCCCCUGCUUCCUUCCCUGUGAUUUGACUGUGACUGGUCAGCUUCAGAGCACGUCACUGUUCCGUGAGUGGAGGUUUGUGGGAAAAAGGUAUAGCGUUAAAUAGCCUCCCUCUCCUUGUUUCUUGAGUAUCUAACACGAUUGGAUAGGUGUAAGCCAUUGGUCCAUGACAUGGCUUUGGUCAGUCCAGUCGUAUCAGAUCAGUGAUGAUUGCUUCAAGGAAGGAUGCAUUUUUUUUAAAAUUUGAAAAGGACCUAGUUCUCCAUGCUCUCAUGAGGAAUGCUCUGGGUGUCUUCUGUUAAUGACACAUCUGUCUCUCUCCUCUCUCUCCAUCUCUCUCUCGCUGUCUCUUUCUCUCUCAUAGUGGUACAUGAGGUGAACGGGGAGAACGGGGUCCACCAGCUCAGUGCCAAUGAGGUGGACGAGCUCAUCCACAAAGCAGACGAGUCCAUGAUGAGCGACGCCACCACCGCCGGCGCCACCUCCACCGCCCCCGUCAUCCCCACUGAUGCUGAGUUAGCCACAGAGCAGCAGACGACACCACAGAAGGAGAUCACUGGCAUGGAGGCCAAGGCAGGCGGCGCCAGUCCCCAGCCAGGUGGAGGCGAGGUGGAGGCCAGUGCCGAGAACCCCGUCACCAUGGUGUUCAUGGGCUACCAAAGCGUUGAGGACGAGGCGGAAACCAACAAGGUGCUGGGGCUGGAGGGCACCGUCAAGGCCGAGCUGGUGGUCAUCGAGGACGGCGAGGGCAAGAAAGUGACGGUGGGGCCCACCUCCGCCACUGUGACCGUCACCGAGGGAGGCACCAAGGAAGAGCAGUUGCCCCCGCCCAACGGCAGUGCCGCCGACCCUGUUAAGACCCCCCAGGAGAAGGCCCCAGCGGGGGAGAAGGGGAGGGAGCCAGAGGGGGGCGCCACUGAGCUCAACAACAAGGAGAAGCAGCCCUGCAAGUGCUGCACCAUCAUGUGAGCCACCGUUGUGUGGUCGCAUUCCCCCCGGGACUUGACUUUUCAAGGAGAAAUGACAAACCAACAACAACCAUAACGUCAAGAAAACCAACAAAAACCCACCCCUUUCCCUUUUCCCCCCUCCUGACAAAAAAAAGGCAUAAAUGUUCUGUAUCUUUUUGAUAGCCGGCUGUUGUUUUCCAACUUCAUUUUCAUCUCCGUUUUAUAUAUUUUAUUUCAUUUUUCUAUCUCCUUUCAUUCUUUUUACUUUUGUAUUAUUUUGGGUUUUGUUGUGACUUAAACGGAUGCUGCCAAAGGUGAGCAAUCCCUGCGUUUUCACACUGAGAUUCACACUGAGA